GAAAAAGAAAGAAAAAACCACCGAAACAACAAAAAACCCAAAGCAAAAAACGAUCUCAUUUCUAAGCAGCAAACAAAUUCUGAGAAUAAGAAAAGCACAAUCUUUUCAGAUGUGGGCGAUUUAAAAAGGGCACAAAAACCCCAACCAAAGACUAUAAAAAAUUUCCAUUUAAAAACUCAACUCAAGUGAAUCAGUGUUCUUUUGUGAGACAAUGCGCACAACUUUCGGUCGUGGCCCAAAGUUUAUUCUGCUAACAAGCAAAUUCAACCACGUUCAACACAAGGAAGUAAUUACUUAGGCCUUGGCCAAAAUCUGAAAACAAAAAACCAAGCCCAGUGAAUUAGCAAACCAGUGAAGUCAGGACCCAGUUAAUAAACCAGUGACCAUGUCUUCGGAUACGAAUUCCUGCACCAGCUUCUUCAAUCAGGAGCAUGCCAAUGCCACCCUGUCGCAGUAUUUCCAUCAGCUCAACUCUCAGGUGGCAGCUGCAGCGGCAACAACCAAUAAUAACAGCGGAAGUAGUGGCAACAACAGCAGCAGCGGCAACAGUGACAGCGGAAAUGAUGGCAGCAUGACGGGAUCGGGAUCGGGAUCAGGAUCAGGAUCAGGAUCUUCGGGAUCAACCAUGGACAACCAUCGGAGCAGUGUGAGCAGCAAUGAUUCGGGCAAGAGUUCGGGCGGCGGUUCCGGUGGAGGAUCAGGUGUGACCAACAAUAAUGUGAAUGCCUGGGCUUUGCAGCAGCAACAGCAGACAGCAGCCUUGCACCAUCACCAGCAGCAACAGCAGCAGCAGCAACAACAGCAGCAGCAACAUCAACAGCACUUGCAGCAACAGCAGCAGCAGCAUGCACACCAGCAACAUGUGGCUGCUGUUAUGCAGCAGCAGCAACAGCAACAGCAGCAGCACUCACAUCACGCCCAACAGCAUGCACAGCAGCAACAUCAUGGUCAUACACUGCAUCCGCACCACACACAUCAGCAGCAACAGCAGCAGCAGCAACAACAACAACACCACCACCAGCAGCAACAUCAGCAGCAACAUGCACAGCAGCAACAGCAGCAACAUCAUGCCGCCCAACUGGCCCACACACUCUCCUCAGCGGCCGCUGCCGUUGCUGCUGGCAAUGGUGGCAACAAUAAUACCAAUACACACUCCAUCUUUGGCACCGGCAAUUUCCACUACAAGACCAACAAUUCGUGGACACUGCCCACGUUGACUUAUCAGAUCUAUCAGGAGAAUCCCCAUUAUCAGCGCAACUCCUUUAUGGAUCCGCAGAGCAAUGUGGCUGCCGCCGCUGCAGCUGCAGCAGCAGCUGCUGCUGCCUCUGCUGCUAAUGUGGCAAAUGGAAACCAGGGAACCAGUGCGAAUCCCAGUGGAAAUAAUAAUUCUGCCGUGGCAGGACCCAAUCCUGGACAAAAUAGUAAUAACAACAAUAACAAUAACAGCGGGAACAACCAGAGUAACAACAACAACAGCAGCAGCAACAACAGUAACAAUAAUAACAAUGUGUCAUCCGUGCAACAUGUGGCCAAUGCCGUGGCAGCAGCCGUCAUAGCCAACGAGCAUCAAAAUCAUUUGAACAGCCUCAAGGCGCGGUUUCAACCAUCUAGCUCAGGUGAGGUGAUGAUAAGGAGAGAUACUCUAUAA